UCACGUGUUACGUCACGUGUUAAACAUGGCGACCUGCGAGGCUGCAAUGACAAACUUUAGUUAAAAAUGAACAACAAGGAGUUUUAAACCCGGUGGAAAACCAGGAACAGGUCUCCUCGUCUCCUCCUGCAGGUCUCCUCGUCUCCUCGUCUCCUCGUCUCCUCGUCUCCUCGUCUCGUCCCCUCCCCCGGAGAUGCCGGCCGGCGUGUCCUGGUCCCGGUACCUGCGUCUGAUGGGGGCCAGUCUGCUGUCCAUGUUUGCAGGAGCCCAGACGGUUCACCAGUACUACCUACCGGACCUGAGCAUCCCGGAGGUUCCUCCCCGACCCGGAGAGCUGCAGACGGAGCUGAGAGGCUACAAGGUCCGGGAGGAGGCGGCGGCGGCGCUGGAGGAGUUCCGGAGGGGGGAGGGCACCGACUGA